AUGGAUGGAUCCUUACAACACGUAGCGCAACGGAAGACAGAUGCGGAAGAGUACACGCCGUCCAACUAUAGGAAACUUUGGAGAAGGCGGGUCCCCUCUUUGCUGAAGGAAGCCGGCGGAGUGGUUGCCGGAGGGCGGGCAGGCAGGCAACAGCGGUCUGAGAGUCUUCGGAUUUGGAACUCUGUCACUAUCCCCCAAGAUGGCCCCUUGCCACUCACUAGCGCACCAGCCUUGCAUGAAACUCUCGAUGCUGCUGGGUCUCCAUCGCUAGCCUCCAUCGCUAGUGAGCACGUAGUGAAGUUAGCUUUGGCUGCGCUGCUGGCGGCAGAGAAUAUCUGGAAUUACUUGGCUGUCGUUGCCGCAUUUUUUAGAGACCCUGAGUGGGCAUCGCGGUUUCUGGGUGUCAUCCUGACGGGGCCCCCUAUUACCAAUGCCACCCUUCAACCCUGGCUUGCUGAAGCUAACUCAUCUGAAGCCUUUGGAUGGCGUGGUUCCAUCCAAGCAGCAGACAAUCUCCCGUUUCCCAAGAAUCAUGAGGGUCUGUUGUCAUGGAUUACUCUCUUUUUCCUGAUACAGGAGCACAAGGCUGACAGCCUAUGGGAUGCAUACACAAGUGUCAUAAGUGAUCAAGCCCUAAUCCUGUCCAUAAACUCCAGCUUUGUGGAUCCUUUACUACAAUUUGAAACUCAGCUGAAGAUAAUAGAGUCAUCCUUUAAAAGCGUAUUUACCAUCCCAUGUCUUGAGGAAGUGAAGGAAAUGGGGAACGGGAACGACGACGAGGACCUGCAGGAAUUAUACCAAAGUAUUUUAAACGUAUAUGAAGACACUCUUCUAAUCUUAGUGUCUAAAGACUUCUACAAACUGCAAAUCUUAAAGGAGAUGAUCGUGUGGAUGAGCAGAGAUAAGCUGGGCCAGCAGGGGAGAAUCCUGGUGAUCAUCAGCAGGGUGCUCAUCUUCGCAGCCAAGAAAGUCAAGGAAAGUGCGAGUGUGGACGCCCCCUGUCUGGGGGUCCUGGCAGCGGAACUGUGUCUCUUGUGCUCGCACGCCAGCCGGUCCAUCACACAGCCCGCGUCCAUGGGGAUGUACCACCUCCUCUGCAUCGCCAAGCGUCAGAAUGGUAAGGUCGAGUCCUCCCCUUCUCCCACGGUCACUGAGAAUCUUCAGUGUCACCUGUCUCACUGCUGUGACAUAGAAUUCCUGCUCGACGUCUUGAAAGAAGACAAAACUGAAGUUGCUCGGAGUAUAGGACACAUGUUGCUGCCGUCCUUGCUGACUGACUUCGUGUGGAGUCUCCUGAUGAGACUUGCUAUGCCUGACCGUGGGAUGACGAAGGAGGCGGCCAACAUGCUGAGACUGACCCUGGAAUACCACGCCCACAAGGUCACCAUGGUGUCUAAGAUCGUGGAACUUAUUUACGUACAAUUGAGUAAGAACUCUAACCACGUUAUGAAGCACGCCAUGUUGCGAGUCAUCACUUUGUUGACACGUACUUCCCCGAAAAAAGUCAUCUUUCAGCUGAUGGACUACCCAGUCCCCGCAGACAACACUUUGGCCCUGAUGUGGCAGGCGGCCGGCUCCGAGGCCAGCGUGGCCCUCCCUGUGCUGAUGACCAUCUUGUUGAUACUGCGAGGAAAGCCCGGGGAAAUGCAGGAGAGCCUGGCAGACAGAAGACGUUUCUCUCUCGACGCCACAAACAUGAUGCCCGUGGCGGCAUCCCAGGCCCUGUGCACACUGCUGCCUGUCCCUUCCUACAAGAAGGCGGUGGCCCAGUUCUUCCCUCAACUCUUGAUGGCCCUCCUGUUCCAGGUCUUCUACACCUGCAACAUGACACUGGUGAUAGAGAAAAAACUUUUCUUUGCCCGGGAUGCCCUGAGAGUUCUGCUGUACUGCUCCGGGCUGCAAGAGGUGGACACUGCUCUGAACAGAAAGAAUUUCUGGGACCAGAUCUCCCAAGUGCUGUUUCACCACCACGGGGUCUACCUCAUUGCCACAACCCUUGGUGAACAUAACUUUCCACAGUUUCCAGAGACGCUGCACUAUCUCUACAAGCUCUCAGUGGAAGGUCCUAGAAGGUCAGAGGACAGUGUGAUCACAGUCAUCUUCCUCACUGAACUUCUGAAUAAAUUCUUCAAGGACCCAUUCCCAGAAGAGUUUCUGGCUCUCUUCAGGAAAUGGAUCAACGACUCCAACCCCACAGUGAGCAAACUGAGCCUGCAGAAGAUCGCCAGCAUGGCGCCAGUCAUCAACCAGGUAGGAAAUGUCUGCAGCCUAUUGUUAUCCAUCCUGGAUGCCUUCCUUUCCAAAGACCAGACUGUUAUCAUCCGGGCCCUGCUCACCCUUCGGAGACUCUUAAACAAACUGGACAAGGUGACCUACUCCUCUCUGUGCACCCAAAUUGCUUCCAGCUACUGUCCGCUGAUGGACCAUAGCAACGGAGGUAUUCGGAGCAUGGCCAUCCGACACUUUGGCGAACUGGUCAGGGACAUGAGUCAGUACAGGUGGAUGCUGAACAACGCGGUGUUCAGGGCCUUGGUGCCUCUGAUCCUGUUUCUGGAGGAUACAGAGACAAGAGUCAUUACGGCAUGUAAACACACAUUGGCAAUCUGCGUCUCAGAGUUGCGCUGGCCAAUAUCGAAUCUGCUCCUGGACCGGUGCUACAGUUUUGAGCUGGCUGUGCUCAGCAUCUGCAACAAUCUUUUUAUUUCUCACGGGAGAUACAUUGUGGAGCUGCUCUCUGACGCCUUGGGGUUCCUGAGGAACUCCCAAGUGUACCUGAGGAGAGCGUCAGUUAUUCUCAUAGGGUACCUGACAACAUUGGGUGGCCAUUUACUGCUCAGAGACGACAUUGAGGUCAUACUUGAGGGUAUCGACCGGGUGCUGGACGACGAGGACCCAGAGAUCAAGGCCUUGGCGAGCAAAACCCACAAACUUCUAAAGAACGUGGCCAAUAAACUGACCUCCUCAGUUAUUAAACAAACCUCCCGAAGACUGUUUAACUUUAUCUACAUCAAGAAAUUCAAGCCUCUGUAUAAUUAUAUUUCACCCAAUGAUGUGACAAAAAAGCCCUGUGGAGAUGAAAGAAACCAGGAACGGGAAGACAGGCCUUGUGCAUGAGAACGACGGAAAAUUUCGUGAAAGAAUGAGACAUUCACCAAGGCACCACUCAGAAGAGCAAUGAUUUUCCUUUUCCUCUAAGGAUGCUAGGGGCCAUUUUACUGUUCCUCCUUAAUGGUCUUCAAAUACAGAAAUCUGCUGCCUCUCUA